CAAUUGUCAGUUGAUGGCUGAUUCAUUCGUCAACUCUUCGUAUUUCGCGUAUUGUUUGAUACAAAAAUUCAUAAAUAAUCGCAAAUAUCCGGAAUUAUUUGUACCAAUUAUUUAAAAAUUAAGAAAAGAUGGCCACGUUGAAAUCUGAUUUAGACGAUUAUUUACUGCAAAAUGAAAGCCGUCGAAGUUAUAAAUUCAAUUUACCCUUUUCGACGUCGAACUUUUUUACCAGAAGUAAUGAAGAAACUCCUACUAGCACGAGUACUACAGCCUCUUGGUUUGAAGAAGUACAGAAGGAAUAUUUUACACUGAGUCGAACACAGCGGUUUAUGGGCUUCGGUAUCUGUUUAUUCUUUGGCAUCCUAUGUUUCAUUUUGUCAUUUUUGUAUAUACCUAUUCUUCUACUACAAGCAAGGAAAUUUGCAUUGCUGUUUACUUUGGGAAGUCUCUUUUUUAUUUUUAGUUUCAGUUUUCUCUGGGGGCCUUGGUCACACCUCAAAUCUCUAUUUUCAAAGGAGAAAGCAUUAACAACAUGUCUGUAUGGCUCAACUCUAAUUGCCACUUUGUAUUGUGCAUUGCACCUACAAAGUACACCAUUGACAGUCAUCUGUGCUGUGGGUCAAGUGCUGGCAUUGCUUUGGAUGAUGAUGGGGUCAAUUCCGGGUGGCGCAUCUGGAGCAAGAUUAUUUGGAAGCAUGUUUAAAUCAUCUGUGUCCAACACACUCCCCAUAUAACACAGAUUUUUUUUGUUUGGAAUAGCUAAUAUGUUGGAAAUCCAAUUGCCUAUUUCUUAGACAUGCCAUAUGCCUAAAUGCUGCGGAUUUACAUAAAAAUUGAUGCUAGUAAUGUUACCUCUUUCAUAGGUACUUAAUACCUCGACUGAAUUUAUAAAACUUUUCAUGAAUCUUAUGAUAUUGUAAACAAAACUCUUUUUUAACUAUUUAUCAUGUUUUUUACACAAUUACACAUAAUUGAAUAUAUUAGUCUGUGGCUUGUGU